AUCUGAUGUUGUUAGACGUUUGGUUCCAAUCGGCAUUUAUCUCUUUUUUCAAUGCUUGAAGGGAUUAUAUUUUUGCUAAUUGAAUUCCAUUAAAUUGAAACAAAUAAAGUUUCAUUCAGAAAGCAAACAACACAGAUGAAAUAUUUAUCAUCAUUAUGUUUACAAUGCAGGUUGAUUAGUAUAAACAAAAGUUCAAACUAUUGAAUAGUUAUUCUGGAUACCUACAGUAAAUUUUACAGACAUGGAUGUUAACGCUGAUGUAUGCAGAAAACUCUACAACUACUUGUGCGAGGUCAUAGGAUCAGAAGACAUCGUUAAAGUAAGGCGCCAAUACUACGCCUCCUUAGAUUUUUUCUGUGAGAGAGAGACAACUUUUGUUACAAGUGGAAGUAGGUCAGAAGGGCUGGAUAUGGGAAGUGAUUUAGAUGCAAUGGGUCUGCUUAUCUUUAUACACAUAAGCCAGAAAAGAUCUGCAGACUCUUUCCUUAUUCCGAACAAUUUCACAAUGGAAACCGAAUCAUGUAAGCCUGGAUUUACUCAACUGAAAGGACACAGUUGUUAUUUUCAUCCUUUGUUGCAUAUCAUAUGUGCUACGGGAAGCGAGGAAUACGUUUUUGCAAGUGGUGAUAUCCGACAUAUAAGUUUAUUUGUUUUUGAUUUGUUCAUGGAUUCAGAAGUGAAAAUACAUGGUCCAUGUAUAUCAAAUGGCAUUGAAGAUUGCACAUUCGAUUUUGCGUUGUGCUUGAGAUGCCCGGAGUGGAUCAAACAGGCACAUCCAUGGUUGAAGAGAGAACGUUACUGGCCGUCUCCUAAGUUGGUAUCGAUAAUAUGUGAAUAUGGAAUACUUUUGGUACCAAUUGGUUGCAAGGAAUCUCCAAACGAACACUUGGAAUGGAGAAUUUCUUUUUCCAUAGCAGAAAAACAUCUAAUAUUCUCGUUUACGCACACUCAGCUUCUAUGUUAUGCUCUUUUGAAACUUCUUUUAAAAGAAGUGAUUAACAAGAUAGACAGUGUAAGAGGCUUAUUAUGUUCAUAUUUCUUGAAAACCAUUAUAUUCUGGGUUUCCGAGGAAUCUGUUCCAUCAAUAUGGCGACCAGAAAACAUUUGGCCAUGCUUUAUGAAAUGCUUUAAGCGGCUUAUAUACUGCGUAAGGUACGAACUACUUCCUCAUUUCUUUAUCACAGAAAACAACCUGUUUGAGCAAAAAUUUAAUCAAGAUCAGCAUCUCAAUCUGGAAAAUUGCUUGGACGAACUGUAUUUAAAAGGUCUGAAUUGUUUUAAGAACAGCACGAUAUUAUCACAGUUCUACAGCGGUUCCUUUGUUCACAAGAAUAAAUCUAAAACAGAAAAGAUUUGUUGGGAAGUUAAUACUAUAAGUACUAGAUUGAAUACAAGUGCUCAACUCCGAGUUUUAGGAAUGUUAAGUUUUCUACCAAUAACAUAAUGAAUCACAAUUUGAAUGAUGCAUCAUGUCAACGCUAUGGGCGUUACAUAAUCCGUAGAUUCCUUCACAUCAAAUCAGAUCGUUUUUUACCAUCUAUAGUAUUUUCCAGAUUUUGCCAAAUGUUCGGAAAAACUUUCAAUAUUCACGUUGAUUUGCCAAACAGAUAUAAGUAUACCUUAUCAAGGCGAUAUUUGCCGUAUUUUUACCUUGGAGUUCAUUCAGAUGCCGGUUCUGGAUGGCUUUAUUUAGCUACCUACUUUUAUGGUUUUUGUCAAUACAAAAUAGCUCUACAACUUAUUUUACACGCUUCUGUCCGUUGUUCUGAUAUUAAACUGUUUAUGAAAUCGAUUAAACUAUAUAGCAGCAACCUAGCCGAUAUUGAAAAAGAAGGUAUCUUCGUCGGUAAGUGGAAUAGGUUGAAUGUCUACAGGCGUCAUGUCAUACAUGAAAUGUCUUUUUAUUUAAACUCGAAAGUUAAUCCACAAGAACUCGAAGUACAGAAAACCAAUCAAGCUUAUAUAUGUCCUAAUGUGUAUUUACACUUUCUACGUGUCUUAUGUUUAUAUCGUUUAAAUGGGAGUUCCAUACAUCAUACGUGCACAGACGCCGUACUUGAUAUUUUUGAAGCCUGUCAAGAUCCACAUUUUAACUGUAAUGAUUAUUCAAUCGCUGACACCACCGAAUGUUUAGCUGUAGCUUUAUCAAUUUAUGGAUGCCAUGAAAAAGCUAAAACUGUUUCAGACGUUAUCAAAGAGCUAAAUAAAUCAUUAAAAGUUUUCUCCCUGGAUCCGAAAUUAUUAUUUUUCUUAAUUGAUAAACUUAAAAAAAUGACGAAUUGAAAUACUUGAUAAUGAAAAGAAUUUUAUCUAAUCACAUGUGUUGAUGUUUAGACAAUAGCUCACU